AUGGAGUCUCUCCGCCAUCAGCGCCUCCAGCCCGGGGUUAGCGGGACCCUGCGCGCCUCCCUCCGGCCUGGAGUCUCCCCGGGCUCCCGCAUGUCCCCCCAGGCUCCGCCGGGCCCUCUGCCCGGGUGCUCUGGGCCUCCGCCCCCGCUGCCGCCGCUCUCCAGCCUCGGGGCUGCGGGCCUGGGCUCCAUGGACAUGGCGGGGCUGGGGUUCGGGCUGUGCAACCCGGCCAACACCACCAACCCGGCCGUGCUGAGGGAGGCCGUGGACGCGGUGGUCCGGAGCUUCGCCAAGCACACUCAAGGAUACGGCAGAGUGAACGUGGUGGAGGCCUUGCAGGAGUUCUGGCAGAUGAAACAGUCGCGUGGUGCUGACCUGAAGAAUGGAGCUCUGGUGGUGUACGAGAUGGUUCCAUCCAACAACCCUCCAUACGUCUGCUAUGUCAGUCUGCCUGGAGGAAGCUGCUUCGGGAGCUUUCAGUUUUGUCCCACGAAAGCCGAAGCGCGGCGGAGCGCAGCCAAAAUAGCGUUGAUGAACUCCGUCUUCAACGAGCAUCCAUCCCGCCGCAUUACAGACGAGUUCAUCGAGAAGAGCGUGUGUGAAGCGCUGGCCUCCUUCAAUGGAAACAGAGAAGAGGCAGAUAACCCUAAUACAGGGAUUGGGGCUUUCCGCUUCAUGCUGGAAUCCAACAAAGGCAAAUCCAUGCUGGAGUUCCAGGAGCUGAUGACUGUUUUCCAGCUGCUGCACUGGAAUGGAAGUCUAAAAGCCAUGAGAGAGAGGCAGUGCUCUCGCCAGGAGGUGCUGGCUCAUUACUCCCACCGAGCGCUGGACGAUGACAUGCGGACGCAGAUGGCAGCGGACUGGGUGAGCAGAGAGCACAGCAUUUCUGGAACCAUCAGCAGAGAGCUGGCAGCCACCGAGCGCGAGCUGGAGGAGGCCAGGCUGGCUGGACGCGAGCUUCGAUUCUACAAGGAAAAGAAGGACAUUCUGAUAAUGGCCUUGGGGCAGCUCGGUGGGUCCAACACCACCACACUGCCCUGCUCAUGCUGAAGAGCGUACAGCGGCACGAGCUGUGAGUAGAAUAUGAAGGACAUCGUAAUGCGGUCAGAGACAAUUCACCAAAUCUCAUAGACAGCAAUCUGGGUUUCUGUAUACAAACAAUUCAUAGUCAUUAAUGACAUUGGAUUCUAAAUAUUCAACAGUGACCAAAAGGUCAGAUUUCCUGUGUUUUGGUCAGAGAUUUUUUUUAAAGAAUUUAAUGAUGUAAUUGUGAAGGAAAUCAGUGCAGCAUUCAACACUUGGGGAACCUUAGAGCUCAAAGCAGUGCUUAGAAAAAGUGCAUUGAAUUCACUUGGUGCAAAUUGUACAUUGGAUCCACAUUAGUAAAAUAUGUAUAAAAAAAAAAUAUAUAUAUAUUAUUUGCUGUUGGUAAGAAGUAUUAAAAUUGCAGCUUUUAAUAAUAAUAACUAAUAAUAAUAAUAAUAGCAACACCUUGAAAGACUAUGGGGACCACCGAGUCACACCCUAGCAACCACCAUGGAUACAUUAGCAAGUGACUAGCAACACCCUAGAAACCACCUAAAAUACCAUAGCAACUGGACAGCAAGACCAUAGCAACCACCAAGCAAAACUCUAGCAAUAACAUGGAAUAUCAAAUUAAGUGCUUAACAACACCAUAGCAACUGCCUAGCAACACUCAAACAACCACUGGAGGUACCAUAGCAACCACUUAGCAACAAGUUAACAACCACCCAGAAAACCACAGAAACCAACUAGCAACAUCAUAGUAACUGCCUAGCAACACCCUAGCAUCAGACUUCAGGUAUCAUAACGAUCACCUACAGAAUAAAACAAGCUAACAACCACCCAGAAAACCACAGAAUCAAACUACCAACACCAUAGCAA